UGCGGACUAGCAGGAGCAGAUACUGUCAUAUAACCGGAAGAAUUCCCGGGGAGAUUCUUCCCGUCUUGAGAGAUCCGCUCACAUUUGACUUUAACUUUGGUCCCAGAAAGAGACAUGAAGACCAACUGCAGCAGGAGUCACGGUCUCUUUGGGAGGAGGAGAGGAGAGGAGACGAGAGGAGACGAGAGGAGAGGAGAGCACAUGCCACUGGAGAGACAUUUAUCUCACACACUGGGAUGUAAAUAAACAGAUUUCGGGACCACGCACUUAAGAGUGCUUCCUGAAUUCCGGAACAGGACGUGCAGAUUCUUCCAGUCCUGACUCGUCAGUGUUUUUGUUCCAGAAAGAGACAUGAAGACCAACUGCAGAUUCACACUUCUUAUGAUCCUGCUGGUUUUCUACCUGAACUCAGUGAGCUGCUUGGAGUCAGUUGAAGGUUUUGUUGGAGGAAACAUCAAACUUCCCUGCAUCUACGAUGAGUCUCCAGCAGCAGAAGAGUGCAACGUGUUUUGGAUAGACCAAGAUGACUUGGUUGUCCUGGACAUCAAGACGAGUUUACCAGAUUACACAUCUCAGGACGAGAAGUACCGAGGUCGAGUGUGCAGCUUCCCUGAAGAGUACGGGAACAGGAACUUCUCCAUCUUCAUGACGAACCUGCAGAAGAACGACACGGGCAUUUAUGAUUGUUACCUCGCGACAAUGUUGUAUCGUAGGAUAGUUGACCUGACGGUUUCAGAUCCUGGAGGAACAACAACUGUUUCUCCAUCAGGUGGAGCAGCAGGACUGAAGGAACUCCCACUGGUCGUCCUCUCUGCUCUCUGUCUGCUGCUCUGCUGAUAGAAACUGCAGUCGGGUUGGACCGUCAGUGUCACGACAGCUGCUACACAUCUCUGACAAGAAGAAGAAGAAGAAGAACAAACGUAUCACUGAAGAACCCAGUCUGUUACCACGGUUCCAGUCCAGUUACUAAUAUAGUCGUUAAAUUAUGGAGCAAACACAUAACUCAAUCUGACUCUUUAGAAACCAAACAUAAUGAUGAAGGACUUUAUCUGCCGUAAUCAAAAAUAAGUGAAGGAAUACCUGAUGAGAUAGAUAAUGACCGUCUGUUCGUCAAUUAAUUUAUCCAUUACUGCAUUUAUUUGGACUUCUGAUUAUAUAUACAAUACCUUUCUUUAGCUACUUUAUUCAUCCAUCCAUCUUUUUGUGGGUUCAUGUCGUAGGAACAAUAGGACGUUUCCAUAAAACCUUCCUGGGGUGCAGGAUCCGAGGAAGGGCCUUAAAGGAUCAAAAGUCCACUUGUGUACUCAAACAUGACAAAGUUUUUACAUGUUCAUUUUCAUUUUUCUUCAUGUUUCCCAGGCUCAUUGAAUGCACCAUUAUUAUUUCGCAAACCUUGCAGAGGUGCUACGUGAAGUUACCCGAGAGUGGAAGAUUGGCGACAAGAAGCCGGCGUUGGUCACAGACUAUGCAGGCAACAUGAUACUGGCUGGGUCAGGUGCAGAAAUGAAGCUACGGUGUAGCUACGGAGAGCCUAGCAUAGCCGCUAACCUACGGUGUAGGUUUAACGUAGAACCAGAAUUCAGCCUUCAGACAACUGACACCAACAUGAAUGUAUAUUUUACUCCUGGAAGUGUCAGUGUUUAUACAGGAGCUUGUGUUGAUUAUCCCGCUAACAGGUGUCUCUGUUUCACUACCAUCAGGUUUAUUUUCCAUGUAGAUGAUCUGCAGAUCCUCUACAUUUGUCUUUAUUUGUAUAUUUGUGACCCAGAAGAACCAAAGACUAGAAAUGCAGCAGUGAACACGUUAUUUAUUGUUGUUAAUGUCAUGUGUGAGAUUCACCACUGGACUGCUGCCUUCUGCUUUUUGUUACUUUGUCUCGACUUUUGUUUUUACAAUAUUAUGUUAUUCUACAUUUCAAAAGAAAACCCAGCCACAUGUGGGGAUUGUCAACAAAAGGGGAUCAACUAGAUCAGGGAUCAGCAACCCACGGCUCUUCUGCGCCGCCCUAGUGGCUCCUGGAGCUGUUUCUAUAAUGUUUGAUCUUUUUUUUUCUUUUUUCUUUUUUUUUUUUCCUUUUUCCUUUCUUUUUUUAAUCUGGACAUUCCGACUUUUUUCUCAACAUUUUGACUUUUUUCUCGACAUUUCAACUUUUGUAUCAAAAUUUUGACUUUUUACCUCAACAUUUCGAUUUUUUUCUUAACAUUUCAACUUUUUUCUCAACAUUUCGACUUUUUUCUUAACAUUUCAACAUUAAUCUCAACAUUUCGACUUUUUUCUCGACAUUUCAACUUUUGUAUCGAAAUUUUGACUUUUUACCUCAACAUUUCGAUUUUUUUCUUAACAUUUCAACUUUUUUCUCAACAUUUCGACUUUUUUCUUAACAUUUCAACUAUUUCUCGACAUUUCGACUUUUUUCUCGACAUUUCGCAUUUCCCCAUUUGUCUUCAUUCUAAUUCUGAUACAAGACUUUUCAUUUUUUGUAUUAACAUUGUAUUAAUUUUUUGUGUUUUUGGUCCAAUAUGGAUCUAAAACAUGUUGGGUUGGUGAUUCUCUGGACUAGUCCUGAGAUGAUUCCCAGUCUCUUGGGGAGUGAUGGGUCUGAAUGAUGUCAUUAAUGUAAAAGAAGAAGCAGGAUAUUAUUGUGAUAAAGGAGGUUUAUCUCAGGCUGGUGAACGUAGAACAGCAACUUCCUUCCUUUAUUAGUCUGUAGUUUCUGCUGCUGCUGCCUGGACCUGCUUUAUUGAUUUUAUUGGUGAACCGUUUGUUACCAACAGUCGUCACGUUGUGAAUGACCCUUUUUUUUCUUUUUAAAUGUUGAAAGUCUGUUAUGUGCAAUUGUGUGUUUGUUUGUAUGUCCUUAAGCUGCUGUCAUGCCUUUUAACUUGCCCCUAGAUAGUGAAUUGAAUUGAAUUGAAUUAACAAGCAAACUAGUGUAUUUUAAAGCCCACCUUUACUGUAUUUCCAGAUAUAUUUGUAAAGCCUCAGCUGGAUCAAUAAAUUCAUUCACUGGAAA